CUUAAUGCACUUUUAAAAAAUCUUAAAUUCAGAUUUAUUUGGAAAAUCUACAUUGUAUUUGACAACCCUAUCCAAGAUAAAAAUUCCCAUUAGUCUUUCAAGUUAAAAAUUAAAUAUUUUGACCUGAGGAUGUAGCUCAAUGGUAAGAGUGCCUGCAUCAGGCCCUAGACCAGCACCCCUCUCCCAAACAAAUAGAAACAAAUUAAAAUAUCAAUCAGGUCUUCAGUGAGUUUUCUGGGAAGCUCUCCACUUUUGUUCUUCACACUUAUGUACAGAUGUGGACGAUUGAAGUAGUUGUUAUGAGUGUUAUGAGCAAACAUUUACUAAGAGCUACAAGGUGUAAGAGAAGUCCUGAAUAGAGAAGCAUCAUUUGUAAAUUGCUUUCCGUACGCUAAAUCUGGUGCUAGUAAUUUUGUAGACUGCCCAUUAAAUCCUAAUUAAUAAAUAGGCAUUUUCUUUGACGGCAGGGCAAUCAUUCUCCUAGGCCUAUAACAUUUGGUGUAAAUAACUGAUGCCAUUCUAGUCUCCGCGUCUCCUUUCUGAGAAUUUCUGUCCUUGAACUAGUCGGUUUAGCGUACCCGUUUCCAUAGAAACAAAAACUUGUGCCCACGGAGAAAAACAGGACGUCCGGGUUUCACUUCCGGUCCAUACCGGAAGUUGACGCAAGGUCCGCACAUGGGUGGCCCUGGAGAAUAUGCCGCUCGUGGUGUUUUGCGGGCUGCCGUCGACCGGCAAGAGCCAGCGUACGGAAGAGCUACGCCGGGCACUGGUCAGCGAGGGCCACACGGUGUACGUGGUGGACGAUGCUUCGGUGCUGGGCAGUCAGAACGCGACGGUGUACGGCGACUCUGCCCGUGAGAAGACGCUGCGCGCCGCGCUGCGGGCCGCGGUGGAGCGGCGCCUGAGCCGGCAGGACGUGGUCAUCCUGGACUCCAUCAACUACAUCAAGGGCUUCCGCUACGAGCUGUACUGCCUCGCGCGGGCCGCGCGCACGCCGCUCUGCUUAGUUUACUGCAUACGCCCGUUCUGGCCGAGCCGUAGACCUCAGGGGGCUGACCUCGCGGAUGAACGCGGUCCGGCUGUCAGUGUGAGCUGGAGGUCGCGCGCCGAGGAGGGUGAGAAACCUCCGGUGCCCGGCGCUGCCGGGGAACAGCGCGCCGCCAGCCCGGUAGCAAAUGGGGAAGUCCUGCCCGCUGUCCCCAGGGAAGUGGAUCCAGAGGACAUCCCGCCAUCAAACCUUCCGGCCGCAGUCACUCCGGAGUCGGAGCAGUCUGCAGAGCCUGCGUCCAGUGCCUUUCCUCCCGAACUUGUGGAGUCCUUAGCGCAGCGCUUUGAGUCUCCCGACUCUCGGAACCGCUGGGAUCGACCUUUGUUCACCGUGGUGGGUUUAGAAGAGCCCUUGCCGCUGCCUGAGAUCCGGGCUGCCCUGUUUGAGAACCGGGCCCCCCCACCCCAUCAGUCUACGCAGUCCCAGCCCCUAGCCUCUGGCAACUUUCUGUACCAGUUGGAUCAGACUACGAGCCAGGUGUUGACUGCUCUGAUGGAAGCACAGAAGAGCGCUGUACCCGGAGACGUGUUAACACUUCCUGGCACCACACAGCACCUCCAGUUUACCCGGCCCUUGACCCUGGCGGAACUGAGUCGCCUCCGUCGCCAGUUUAUUACCUAUACAAAAAUGCAUCCCAACAACGAGAACCUGCCUCAACUGGCCAACAUGUUUCUUCAGUAUCUGAGCCAAAGUUUGGACUAAUAGCGGUGGUGGGAGGCGGCGAUGGCUCCUGUCUUUAUUCCACUGUACUUUGUCUAGGAAGAAUGGUCUACAGACUGUUAAGUUUGACUCACUCGUUUUCUUGACUGCCUCUGUGCAUGUCACAUCUGAGUGUAUAGCAUAAGCUCAGGCAUAGGUGCUCCAGAAAUCUCAGGUGGGCAGAGUUUUUCUUUGGUUGGGCUCUGUUUGGGGAUACUAACUGCAUCGGGAUGGAAGAGAAUUGUUUUAAAUCAACUGUGAGUAGAAAACGAAGAUGAUACAGUUUUGUAUGGCCCUUCUUUCAUACGACAAGUAUUUUUGAGUACAGUACUUCUUGCUAUCUAUCCUGGAGCUUCGAACACAGGUGCAUCUUUUGUUCUGGGAAACUUAUAUUUGUGUAAGACAACCAUUAGGUAUUUCCUCCAAUAAAAUCUUUUAAAAUUGUCUGUUGGACUCUUAAUUUAAUGUAAUCCCUGCAACCUAGUACUUUAUAUAUACAUGUGUCAUGGCAUGUCUUUAGCUGAUAGUAUUUUUAUAUGAGAGGCUCAGUUGUUUGGCCUAUACGUUGUGGUACCUCCCAUAACGAUUGUGCUUCAUCGUGUAUUUCAAGGCAAACAACAUUGUCAUCUUAAUUUUGUUGGUAACAAAUGGUAAGUACUGGAUCCCCGUUAUCUAUAUGAUUUUUUCAGACUUGUCUUUUGCCUUGAGAAAUUGUUUGUGUGGAAUGCACACAUGCUCAAUAGGAUGAAGGGUAGCCAUCACAGAACCUGUGGAGGAUUAACUAGCUGCUGGGAGAAGGUGCUUUUGGAAGACUGUAGAAAAGUUAGUAUUUGAAAUGCCGCUGUAGAAAAAUGGUCAGCAAAUCUAGAUGGUUUUGGAACACUGGUUUUGGAAUCAGUCUUUUUGUUAGCUUAUAAAUGGCAGAACUUAAAUUGUAUGUGGUCUGUUAGUUAAUCUCUUGAGGGUCUUGUUCUUUCUGGAUGAGACUGGGGAUUGAACCCAGAACCUUGUACAUGCUAGGCAACUGCUCUGUCUACCAUUGAGCAACAUCACAGAUUAAUUUUCUCCUUUCUAUGAGACCAUUAAUAGUAUCCACCCUAGAUGAGUGUGUUGGCAUAUGCUUGUAAUCCUAGCACUCAGGAGGCUGAGGCAGGAGGAUUGCCAUGGGUUUUAGCCCUGUGUAGGUUAUGUAGAGACUGAAUCAAAAGUACAAGGACAGAUGAGAUGGCAGGUCAUGCAAGAGUGUUCGCCUCCAAGUUUAACAGUCCACGUUCAAUACCCAGGACUUACACCGUGAAAGAACACCACUGAUCUCCAGUGUACAUGCUCUCUCCCUUCCUUGCUAGGUCUCCCAGGAGCAUGCAUGGAUGCAUAUACACUCAAAUAAAUAUUAUCCCAGGCGGUGGUGGCAGAUGUGUUUAAUCCCAGCACUCAAGGAG